AAAUAGCUUUGGUGGGCUUCCGCACUUUGAUCGUGUCUCUCUCUCCGUCUUCCCCGAUCGUGUCUCUAUUUCUCUCUCUUUCUUCUCUGCAUCAAAUCGCAACUCAAAACCCUAAAUUUUGAAAGAAGGGACAACUAGAUGGUCAAGCUUAGUGUUUACUCGAGGAGCGAAAUCAGCAAGCCUUUUCUUUGGGUUCAAAUUCAUUGUUAUUGAGUGUGAAUCACAGGUGUAGGGUCAUGGUGGGAUUUAAAAAUCGGUACAUGGUAAUGGAGGUCUUCUUGGAUCCAAAUAAAGACCUUGGGAUUGAUGAUCCCAUUAUAAUCACCCAAUUUAAUGUAUCAAAAGCAAUCAAAGACAGCAUUCUUGUGAAUUUUGGGGAGUGUGGGUUGGCUUCAUCACUAGGAUCAUUCCAAGUCAAAUAUGUGAAUCCUGUUACAAAGCUGUGCAUCAUCAGAGCCUCAAGGGAUGAAUACCAAAAAGUUUGGUCUGCGAUUACCAUGGUCAAGAGUAUAGGAAAUUGUCCAGUUCUAUUCAACUUAUUGGACCUAAGUGGAAGUAUCAGAGCUUGUAAAAAUGCAGCUUUGAAGUGUGAUGAAUUGAAAUUUGAGCAGUACAAGCUUGUGGCCGGAGCUCGCCUCACAGAUGAUGUUAACCAGCACAUGCAGAAUUGUCUAGAGAAAAUCAAAAUUUUGGAACAUUGAUUUCUCUUUUAAUGGGAAAUAUAGAAGAGCAUGUGAAUGGGCGGAGGGCCUAUUUUAACGCGGUUCAAGCACAUAUUAAGGUGACAUCGUGUCCAAGAUAACUUUUGAAGGUUCAAAGGGGUCCUUUAUGAGUCUUUCUUUUAGUUUUUCUAUUACAAUCCUUGCUAAGCUUGAAAAUGGUUGGAUAGAGUAUGACAUACCUUAUAUUUGAUUGUUUGGAGGUUGUUUUGCCUUUUGAAUCACAUAACCCUUAAUGUUUGAAAAGAUAGUUCAAAUGUCGCUGUCAGAGUACGAGAAAUAGAUGAUCGAGUUAAUGCGGAUAACUGGAUAGAUUUAAGAUGCAACCUUUUCUCUUCUUAACUUUUCAACUUGUCCCGAUUAAAAUCUAUUUAUUACGUACGAUGCGUGUAAGGGUCUUUUUAAUCUGUUUAUGGCUCAAUGGAUGUUGUUGGGAUGGGGGCAAUCAUAAAUUUAGUCAGUUUUGAAAACUUCUGGUAAGAAAAUGAAGCAGGUAUGAACAUUUUAGGAAGUUCUAGUUGUUAGGCUAUGGAAAGUAUUUAAAGGGGUGUUAAGUCAUGGCUGAUUUAUUCACUUUCAAUUGAUCUAAUUGCACAGGCCAUUUUAUUUUAUUACUCAUUGACAGAAUUGUUGUACUUACAGAUUUAGUGCUUGAUGUCUUAAAAGUGUUGUUGAUGAUUCACUUUCAACAGUCUGUUCUUCUACUUCAAGAUUUCUUGCACAACUCUCAUUUUUUAGAAGGAAAAUGAUAAAAGCUGCGAAUAGGUAUUAUUACC